AUGACAGAGGCUGAAACAGCAUGCAUUCGAACCUGCCAGAUGACAUCAUAUCCUGAAGAAAUCCAGUGUUUAAAAGAUAACAAGAAGGUAUCGCCGCUUGUUACACAGCUUAAGCUUUUCAUGAAGGACAAUGUGAUUCGUUGUGGUGGACGCAUUCAUAAUGCAGCCUUAGAAGAAGAGACGAAACAUCCGAUUUUGCUGUCGGCAAAGCAUGCAUUCACGCACCUGGUAGCCAAGGACGCCCAUGAGAGGUUACACCAUGCCGGACCCAGCUCAACUAUAACACUUUUGAGAGGAAAAUACUGGAUACCAGCUAUACGUCCAUGCGUUCGUUCGAUAUUACGAAAGUGCGUGAUCUGCAAAAAGGUUUCUGGUAGACCAUACAAAGCACCAGACCCUCCUCCGUUACCGAAGACAAGAGUGUCAGACGUAGCCCCGUUCACGUAUACAGGUGUUGACUAUUCCGGAGCUCUUAGUGUGCGUGACACUAACGGAAACGACAGGAAAACAUUCAUAUGUCUGUUUACCUGCGCCAGUACGAGAGCCGUUCACUUGGAACUGGUAACAGAUCUGUCGGCGGAGACAUUCCUGUUUGCAUUUAGGCGCUUCUGUAGUCGCAAAUCAACACCAAAAAUUAUGAUGUCUGAUAACGGCACGACAUUCACGGCUGCUGCUAGACAUUUGAAUAAUUUGUGUGAAUCUGCGGUUGUGCGUGACGAAUUCAACAACCGAUUAAUCGAUUGGAAAUUCAUCCCUACAAGAGCCCCUUGGUUUGGGGGUUGGUGGGAAAGAAUGAUCGGUCUCACCAAAAAUGUAUUGAAUAAGGUACUUGGUAAAGCGUACGUGACAUAUGAAACACUACAGACUAUUGUCACUGAAGCAGAAGCCGUUAUCAACGACAGACCCCUUACUUACGUCACUUCCGGCGAGCUAGGACAGCCGGAAACACUGACGCCUGCACAUCUUCUAUAUGGAAGACGAAUAACGUCACUUCCUGUCGAGCCUGCGACAUUGCCAGCAGAUUAUCGCAUCAAUCGUUCGUCGCUUGUGAAGCAAGGUACUCGACGAGUGCAAUUCAUACAGAACUUCCGCCAAAGAUGGCGACGUGAAUACCUGACGGCACUCAGAGAAAGAAGUCAAUUACGGGGAAAUAACAACCAGACGAUAUCAGUAGGCGACGUCGUACAGAUUCAAGAUGACUGCCCGAGGACGCAGUGGCGCUUGGCCGUUGUGGAGGAACUCGUGCCUGGAAAUGACGGAUUCGUUCGUUCGGCGAAAGUUCAAACAAAAAAUGGACUCACUCAUCGACCAAUUGUGAAUCUUUAUCCAAUUGAAGAAUGUAAAAACAAUAUAUAG